AUGGGGCAGUAUCGACGCUUUCGCUCCGUGGAAGCACUGAGGAACAGGGUGUUUGAGGCAGUGAAUCAUAUUAACCUGCUUUACAAACCGUUGAGGACACACGUGGCUUUGAUUGGUCUGGAGAUCUGGUCCAACGGCGACCAGUUCUUAGUUGAAAAGGAUUCUGGUCGCACUCUGACGAACAUGUUGGAGUGGCGCAGAAUGAAAUUGCUGCCAAGAAAGGAACAUGACAACAUCCAAUUCAUCACGCACGUGGACUUCACUGGUGAUACCAUCGGCCUGGCUCAAGUGAGUGCCAUGUGCACCAGAGGUUCUGGUGCUAUCAACCAGGAUCAUGCCAGCAACGUCCACGGAGUUGCAUCGACGAUGGCGCAUGAGAUGGGCCACAAUCUGGGCAUGAACCACGACGAUGACACUUGCAUGUGUAACUCUGAAUCCUGCAUCAUGUCUCCAGUUCUGAGCUCGGUUCUACCAACAGAGUUUAGCAGCUGCAGCCACCUGCAAUUACAGAAGUUUGUGUUGACCCAUACAGCGGUAUGCCUCCGCGAUACACCCGAGCAGGAAGAGAUUGUGGCGAGGCCGAUCUGCGGGAAUCGCUUCCUGGAGAGAGGGGAGGAGUGUGACUGUGGAACUCCGGAGGAGUGCCUGAACCCAUGCUGUGAUGCUCAGACCUGCAGGCUACGAGAGGGAGUGCAAUGUGCUGAAGGUACCUGCUGCCAGGACUGUAAGGUACUUGUAUUGGUUUUGCAAAGGAGGAGAAUCUCCCUUGUUCCUGAUAACAAAUCAUCCUGUGCCAUCCUCUUCCUAUCUCCCCGACACUUUCCCCUACUCCCUUUCUCCCUCUACCACUCUCCCCCUCCCUUUCUCCCCCUCCAUUUCCCUCAUUCCCUUUCUCUCCAAUCCAGAGAGUUUGCAACUCAGGGGGAUGGAUUCUGUUGGAUGAAAAAGCGAAGAAAAUCUCCUGACACGCGAGAGCAGACUUUGGAGAAUGGGGAAGACACCGUGAGGAAUGACCCUGACAACUGCUUUUGGAAAUUUCGGUCCCUUAGCUUGACACAAUGGUUCAUCGUGGCUUUCUCUGCAGCAUCAGUUACAUGCCACUGA